AUGACGACUUCGAGGAGGCUUGCUGACAGGAAGGUUGAGAAAUUUGAGAAGAAUAUAUUGAAGAGGGGUGCUGUUCCUGAGACCAGCACAAAGAAGGGAAGCAGCCUCUCUGUAGGCCCUGUUCUGCUCGGGUUUUUCAUUUUUGUGGUCAUCGGGUCAUCACUAUUUCAGAUAAUCAGGACGGCAACAAGCGGAGGAAUGGCUUGA